AUUCAACAUGGAGACAGCAGUUGAUAAGCUGGAGGCGAUGUUCCAGAAGGCUGAAGCGGAUAUCGAGUACGUGGAGAAGCGUCUGAAGUUUGAUUUCAUGACUAGUGCUCGGGAGAACAGCACCGCUGAGGGGAACCCCGUUCAGCUGCUGGAGAGUCUGGCGGCCAUUAAGGCUCGUCACGGCGCUCUGUGUGUGCAGAUGGAGGAGAUCGCCGCUGAGCAGAAACGCUCGAUGGAUUCAAUCAGAUCUCACCUGAACACCACGGUGAAGCUGGUGGAGGAGCUGCAGAACACGACAGACAUGCAGGUUCCUCCACUCACACAGGAAGAACAGGAAGCAAGAGAUUCCCUCUGUUCGUCCAUCACAGCUCUGUCUAUAAAGACACAGUGUGAAGUGCACACACAGCAAGAGUCUAAAUCGCAGGAGAAGUGCAGAGACGUGAAGGACGCGGAGUUCGAAGCCGUUCCGCGAAGCGUACGAGGAAACAUCAAGCUCAGUGACCUCAACGCCCUGUACACACAGCUGACCGAACACUUCUCCUCAGACAACAACAGAGCGCCUCUGAGUUUGCAGAAGAUGAGGAAAUUGAACAUGAGAGUGAGCGAGGCUGCAGUUAAGACGCUGAUGCACCUUGGUCUUGUUGAGCUGGAUAGGAAAGGCUCUGUCUCUCUCCCGUCCUCACACUGAGGAUAAAAUCGCUGAACUGAACACACGCUCUACACUCGGAAAUAAACGAGUUCCAGAGCA